AUGGAUGAGAGCGAGGAAAUGGCGCUGUUGGCAAGAGUAAAGGUCGACCCCGAGGACAGCGACGGCCAUGCCAUUUCGGAUCUCAACAUCGCACUUAUAGUCAUCACAAGUGUCUUGGUAAUUGUGCGGCUAUAUGUAAGAGGCAUAGUUGUCAGGGGUCUGGGAUGGGAUGAUUUGUUUGCUCUCCUGGCUUGGGGCAAUGUCACCGCCUUGUCGUGCGUAGAAGUCGUUCUGGUGACCAAGGGUGUCGGAACUCAUAUGGAUAGAGUGCCCAAAGAGGCAUUGGUUGAGAUGUUUUCGACACGAACAGGGUCUUUCAUGACAUUCAUUUAUGGUGCUUCGAUGGCAACCAUCAUCGUCUCCGCGACUUCCCUUCUUUUCCUUGUCUUCUCAUGCAGUCCUCCAGCUGAUGUCUUUAAUGCCGGAAAACCAGACAGACAAUGCGUCUCCAACUUUACUCUUGGUCGUAUGAGACAGGCGCACUCUAUAGCGGCCACAAUCAUCAAUAUUUUCAUAAUGGGCCUCACGAUCAAGGCCAUAUCUACGACUCAGAGAACACGUGCGAAGACCAUGAAGCGGCUGCUUAUCCUUAUUCUCGGUGUAUUCGUGAUCGUUUCAACAUUUGUCAGAGUCGCAAUGCUAUUGACAACUGACUUGAGCGUCGAUACAACUUAUAAAAUGCUUCGCACACAAGCUUGGUUUCCGGUUGAAGUCCACGUCGGACUCUGGUGCGGUUGCUUGCUUGCUCUGGAGCUACUGGUCGACCCAAGCAGCAACCCCAGAAACUACAAUCAUUACAACAUGAGAAAGCUUUCUAAAAGUAGCGCUUGGGAUCCACAGGAUGAUGUGUGGCAACGAGAUCUGAUGACGGCGAAUCCCAAAGUUUUGAUUCAUGGCGAACCAAGAGACCCCAAAGGGAAGAGAAAGGCAUCAAACGCUGAUUCAGAGGUUGAUGUUGACAUGUUUGAGAACGAAAGGGGUAUCAAAUUGACUACUGAGUUCUCUGUACAUGUGGAAAGCAGUGAUCGUCCCAACAGGGAAGGAUUGGAGGAGAGAGUGGCCAGGACACCAGCCUGGAAUGCCUUUUGA